UCGCCCCCAUAUCUCCAGAAUAUGCUGUCUCUCCCGAGCACAUUCGCCGAUUCCGGUUGCUUAGAGAAUCGGCGGUGCUGGUGAUUGAUGAGGCGUUUUUACACUGGGGGUGAUUGCAAGCUGUUCGCCUCUCCCACAGAUAUAUUCAUUGGGCAAACAGGAAACAUCGCAGCCAUUCAUCAUGUCCGCUGCCACCCUGUUGGAGGCACCAAAAGAGAAGGCUAUUGUCAACGCAAGCUUGUGGAAAUCGUCUCUAUUCUCAUUAAUUCCUUGGGCCAUAAAAGCCAGAGAUAAAAUUCAGCUCCCUACAAUCAUUAAUAAAGAGCUGAAGAAGCAUGCAAUAUCCCACGAAAACCUUGAAUCCACCACUCUUCAGCAAUCAGGUAUACGCUUCAGACCGUACGUUUCAAAGGUUCCUUGGCAUACAGGACCAAGGGGCUUUCUAUCUCAGUUGUUCCCACGGUACGGUAACUACUGUGGGCCGAAUUGGUCGAGUGGGAAAGAUCGAGGGUCUCCUAUUUGGGACAAACGCCCGAUUGAUUGGUUGGACUUCUGCUGCUACUGCCAUGAUAUUGGAUACGACACUCACAAUCAAGCCGAGCUUCUCAAGGCAGACCUCGCAUUCUUGGAGUGCUUGGAGAGGCCGAACAUGAAAACUAAAGGAGAUCCUCGAGUUGCUAAUCUUUACAAGUUUAUGUGCAUUUCAGGUUUGAGAAAUAUGUUGAUUCCAUACCGACAGAACCUCCUGAAGUUGCAAUCCAGAAAGUUGUUCUUCCCAUUGAUGCAAUUCAGCAACAUGAAAUGGAGAGGAUGGAACUUUGCCAAGACUUAGGAUUGAUCAUAAGAUUUACAGGGAAGAAGUAUAUGGCAUUCUGCAAUGACUGAUAGCUAUAUGUAUAUAUAUGUAAAGAUAUAGAUAUAUAUAUAUAUAUAUAUACACGGAUAUACGUGCAUGUGGCUAUUUCAUCAUGCUUUUGUACCCCCGAUGAAACGAACCAUGCGAGUGUAGCAAUGAAAUAGUAGAGCAUAUUCAUUCA